AUGGCAGAAACCGUCGACAACCCAUCUCGCGACGCCGAUGCCAUGGCAGACUUCGUCCCAUCUUCCGCAACUCACCCCCACAGCGACUCAAAGCUUCGUUGCUGCUGUGGUCGCGACGACUGUGCUUUUUUAAAACACAGCUGCACCGUUCUCGAUACCGUCGAAAAAGAUGUCCAUACCGCUGCUAAGCUCGGCAAGGCCCUACUCGCUCGCCACGAGGCAUACAUGGCUGACGCUGAACGAGACCGCCUAGCCCUGACAAGUCGAAUAGAGCAGUUGGAGAACGACAAGCUGGAGUUGCAGGCCGAGAACACGAAGACCGUGGAGGAGAACCGCAAUCUCCUGGACCAACUCGAGAUGCUCAAUAAUACCGUCCAGGACUCCGACAUCCACAUUCAGACUCUGGAGGCUACCCUCUUAUCGUCCCAGCAGGCGGUCCGUCGCCUCGAGGGUGCCGCAGCUCGCGCUGCUGAGAUGGAGCGACAUAUCGCAAUCUUGGAGCAGGAGCAGCUGCGGCUCCAAAACACCCUCAUUACCACGGAAUCCGAGGCCCGCUCUGCGAUGCAGCGAUGGAGGAAAGCCGAGAGGGGCAUUUCUGAUCUCCAGGAGCAACUGGAACGCAUGGAGCAGGAAGCCAAGGAGGAGCGCGAGCGACACGCCGAGGUUCUUGGUCGUAUGGAACGUCAACGGGAGAUGGAGAAAGAGUUGAACGCCGCCGCCGGACGCCUCAAGGGGGCUGCCGCUGCCAAAUCGCUCAAUGCAGGCAAAGCUGCGCCCAACGUGGUCUCGCAUUUCGUACGCGACUUGCUCCAGGACAAUGCAAAUUUGCAACUGGGCAUGGCAGAGCUGCGAGAAAUGCUCAUCAACUCGAAUGACGAAAUACAGGCUUUGAGGGAUCAGCUGAUGUCCCAUCAGCCUAUUCAUGAGGAGGACGCAAGCGCAGCGUCAACGUUGCGCGCAGAGCUGGCCCCCGAAUCUGAAUCCUGGACUUUUCUCGCCUGCCAGUAUCUCCAGAUCAUCAACACCCCCACCGGCAUGGCGCUCCCAGACAACAACCCCGGCAACAGCCCACUCUCACAAGCCAUCGACUUCGACGGUCUCCAUGGGACCUUCUAA